AUGCCCCGAAUCCCGUUUUCUGUCAUCCUAAAAGCCCAACGGGAAAACUAUCUUUUGCCUAUACUCCUCAAAGAAUGCCGCACAGUCGAUUCUGCUCGCAAUGAACUUCGCUGGCUACAGGAGCGGGCAGUUCGCGAUAGCGAGUCUCUUUCAAGACCAAAGGCAUGGAGAAGCCGAUUGAGAUCUAUGUGUCAGAUGCGAUCUAGAGGAUAUCCCCUCCAAUAUAUUCUUGGAGAUCAACCAUUCGGUGACUUGGAAAUUCUCUGCCGAAGAGGCGUUCUGAUCCCAAGGUCAGCCCAUCGGAUUUCUAAAAGAGGGAUUUCUUGCUGA